AGUCUUUUUAUCUGUUUCAAACGGAAGGGAAGACCAAAACGGAAAGCCUCUCACUGAAACUGAAAGUUUCCAUCUUCAUCGGAAAAAGAAGAAGCAAACGCCGCCGGUUUCCAGGACUUGAUCAGCAGAGUCAGAACUCGAACCAAAGCCAUGAAGCAAAGGACAAGGAAUCAUCAUGAGCUCUUCUGGCCCCAAGUUGUCAUGCGCAAAUUGUUCAACAUCAGCCCAAGAGGCUCCGAUUACAGCGCUGACCCAGACAAGGAAGAAGAAGAAGAAGACGAUAUUGAUUCUGAUUCCAAAACAGAAGAAUUUUGCCAAUGGGGAAAAAAACCAUGGUUUCGUGGCAAGGAAGAGGAGGAAGUUCAGCCUGACCCAACUGAUGGUUUUCCGAGAUUAAGAAGACGAAAUUCGGAAACUUUUAGGGCACAAUAUAUAAACACCAAGGAACUGAGAGUCUGUGUUGGUACAUGGAAUGUUGGUGGAGAAGUUCCACCAGAUGACCUAGAUAUCGAUGACUGGAUAGAUAUUAAUGAGCCGGCUGAUAUCUAUGUGAUUGGUAUUCAGGAGAUCGUUCCUUUAAAUGCUGGAAAUAUAUUUGGUGCUGAAGAUAGUCGCCCAGCUCAAAAGUGGGAAGACAUUAUUCGUGAAACACUGAAUCAAAUUCAACCUGUAACAUCAAAAGUUAAAUCCUAUAGUGACCCCCCAUCUCCAUCAAAGUUUGAGCCAUCUGAUGAUGUCCCAACUAUAGAAGAAGAGACUUUACUUGAAAGUGAUAGUGAUGGAGGAGAAGAAGCUGGUAGUUUUUAUGAAGUCAGGGAUAGAUUAGCUAGAAAUGUUAGUAUGUUACCUCAUUUUGUAGUUUCAGAGUCAAAUAGUGGUGCCAUUUCAGAUGUGAUGGUAGAAAAGGAUUUACAGAGGCAAUAUUCUUCUCUAAAGAGGUUAGAUAGGUUGAAUUGCUUGCGGAUGGAAGAUUGCAGUGAAAAAGAAGAGGCCUUGGUUAUCCAACAGAAUUGCAAAUUGACCAAAUUGCUGAGUAGCUCAGAAAGGAUUGGUUUGAGCUGGCCUGAGCCUCCACUAAACUUGCUAUCUCAGCAUGUUUUGGAAAGACCAAAUUCCUUUAAAACAACCAAAUCUUUCAAAGCAACAAGUGAUGUGGAAUCAGGGAUAGCUUCGUUUGCAGAAAUUGAUCUAGAAUCCCUCUUGAAGCAGAAGAGGAGAUCAUCAUAUGCAAGAAUAGUGAGCAAGCAGAUGGUGGGGAUUUUCCUAACUAUAUGGGUUCGUCGGAGUUUGCGUAGACAUAUUCAGAAUUUAAAAGUAUCUACCGUAGGUGUUGGUGUGAUGGGUUAUAUUGGUAACAAGGGAGCUAUAUCAGUCAGCAUGUCCAUAUAUCAGACAUUUUUCUGUUUCAUAUGCACUCACCUGACAGCAGGUGAAAAAGAUGGAGAUGAACACAAAAGAAAUACUGAUGUGCAUGAAAUAUUUCACAGAACUCAUUUUCAUUCACUUCGUGCAAUUGGGCUUCCCAAAAGUAUACAUGAUCAUGAAAGAAUAUUUUGGUUUGGCGAUCUCAAUUACCGACUCAACCUUUCCUAUGAAAAAGCACGUGAGCUCAUCUCAGAAAGAGAGUGGUCCAAGUUGGUCGAGAGGGACCAGCUUGUGCGGGAGCUGAGGAAAGGUCAAGCAUUUGAUGGAUGGUCUGAGGGAACUCUAAAUUUUGCACCAACAUACAAGUACGAGGUGAAUUCAGAAAAGUACUAUGGAGAAAAUCCGAAGGCUGGGAGGCGCACCCCAGCUUGGUGUGACCGAAUCCUUUCAUAUGGUACGGGAAUGAGGCAACUAAGUUAUAGAAGGACAGAGCUUCAGCUUUCUGAUCAUCGCCCUGUUACAGCCAUAUAUAUGGCUGAGGUUGAGAUAUUUUGCCCCAAGAAGCUACAGCGUGCUCUGGCUUUCACAGAUGCAGAAAUAGAAAACGAGGAAGUAUUAGCGGAAGUGGGCAUUUAAAACUGAUAUCGGAACAAGUUGCUUCAGUUGGAGCAGGAUAUAAAGUUUCUAUUGGAACCAUUCCAGGGAGGUCAUUCUAUGACAAAAUCUUGAACCGAGGCUAUUGUCUGUGAAUUAUCCUCACAGUUACACUGUAUACUUAAUCAGUAAUUCAUUUGAUCUCUUCAUUUUUUGGUUACAAUACUGUAUAAUGCGGUACUUGUGUAAAUGCAUUUGCAUUGCUGCAUUAGCUCUAGGCUUUUUUACUAGUAGUAAUUAGGUUAACAGCAAUUCAGAUAGGGGGUGUUCAUACAUCAGUCUAUAGAGUAUAUAUGAAACAUGAAACCCUUUUGCCUGAUGUCUCUACAAUGGAUGGAAAAGUUUAUGUAAACAUGAACUAAACCAAAUGCAUGUUGUUUUGCAGCGGUGCUGCUAUAUUCUGUCAUCUGUUU